AUUGUACAUACGGAUCUUAUGCUUUGUCCGCAACAUCUAAUUUAUAUUCGACAAUUACAUGCAUUAGAACGCUGGUGUGAGGAACGUGUACAGUGUUUGCCAAUGCCUGUAUGAUAUUGAGUAAAUACACAGUAAAUAAAUUUGAAACAUUUCGUGGUAUUCAUUUUAAGUACAGUUACCGGGAAGCAGUGUUCGAUCAACCGAUUGCCUUCCGGGAAUUACUUUUUGUUCCAUCUCCCCCGGUUUACUCAUUGUCAGCUGUCACUUAACAGUUAACACACCCAUUAAUUCAGAUUGCACUGGAAAGCACUAAGCGUUUGCAAAACAGAGAAAACGUUGGUAAAACAUGUCUUCGAACGUGAAAGUCUGCGACAUCGAAGAUGAUGUCAAAGAGGAAUUGAAAAAGUUUAGAUUCCGCAAGAACGAAAAUAAUGCUGCAUUGAUUCUUAAAGUGGACAGAGAGAGGCAGAAGAUUUGCAUUGACGAGCUACUAGAGGACAUUACAAUUGACGAGCUACAAGACUCGCUGCCCGGUCACCAACCAAGAUAUAUAGUAUAUAGUUACAAAAUGGAGCACGCGGAUGGGAGACUGUCUUAUCCGAUGUGUUUUAUCUAUUACACUCCAAGAGAUAGCCAAAUGGAACUGCAGAUUAUGUACGCUGGGACAAAGUUAGCACUUCAAAAGGAAGCUGACCUCACUAGAGUCUACGAGGUACGAGAGUUGGACGAACUCACAGAAGACUGGCUUAAAGAAAAAUUGAGCAGAUAAAUAUCAGCUUGUGUAUAAUAGGUACAAGCGAUUUGGAGGUUUUUCCUAAUCAGAAAUCAGGUCUAACUACCCCAUCCCCCAAGACUGUAGAUACUUUUUAAUGGUAUGCUUAAUUUCAUAUUUUUUAAAUUGCU